GCACGGUUGCCCCACGGUUACGCCCUGCCGUAGCCUCAACUGGUGCAGUCAAGUAUCAUGACAGCAGCCGUGGCUGAUCCUGGCCUGCAGGAGGUCCGCUUGGGUACUCCACCCUCAAGGCACGCCUUGCGGUGCCCGACACCUCCCAGCGCUUUUACAGAUUCAGGGCUAGUUUUUGGCGGACGACGUGUGGCAACGCCAAUGGGCCUGUCAGCACUUUGGGAAACUUGGAAGGAGCCCAAAGAGUUGGUAAGUCACAGUCUCCCUGCCCCUCCUGGGCCUGGACGUGCGAUGCAGGGGCAGUGGCUUCGCGGUUCGGGAUCUUCGGGAUCGCCCAAGAAGUCCGGUCCUCUGUUGAUCCGAGCAGAAGCUCCGGCAGCCCACACGCCACGCCGCUUCGAGUCACCGUCCUUGCGCGAUCCGCGGCCAGUCUCCACAGCUAGGCCCAGUGUGACGCCCUCGCGCUUGGGCUUUCCAGAUCCUAAGAGUCCGGCCGGUCCGGAACGAGCUGCCAGCCCCAUGGUCACUCAGCGCCGGAUCGAUGGAUUGGGCGUUGAGAAACGUCCUAAGAUGGGAUGGUUAAAAGGCGCCCGCGCCGGCGGCUGCGCCGGCGCCCGCCCCGCUGCCGACGCUGCCGCGGCGACGCGACACCGCGGUGUCGGGACAGGAUUUGGAUGGCUCAAGAGUUCCUGUGAGGAUCUCAUUCAUCAGCACGUCCUCUAUGUGCUCCGCAAGAAUCCCGACGUGGCCAGGUUGAGGCGCGUGCAGCAAGUGACCGAAGGGGUCUAUCUGAUUGAUGGCCAGGAGGUGAACAUCGAGUGGCGCCAUUCUUCCGAACCCGGACAGCGAGGAUGGCCCAUUGUGGUGGAUGGGCCCAUGCGGCAACCGCUGAUCGAUUAUCUCAGGGACAACGAGGAGAACAAAGAGUUCGACCUUGAUACGGUGGUGUGCACCACUGCGCUGCAUCAGGUUCCAAAGAACAAAAGGAUGACCUUCGACGACAAGCACAAGCAGUACAGCCGUUUGGAGGCGAUGAAGGUCGCCAAGGAGCAAGCCUCCAUUCGGGAGCAGGCAGCUGACUACACUUUGGAUGGCAAGAAGGUGCCAGAUGAGUUGGUGCGCAGGUACAACCAGGCCUUGCGAACAAAGGUCCGUAGCAACCGCAGCAAGGAAGAUCGUGUCAUCAUAGCUCAAGAGAAGCAAGACUUGGCACCUCUGCAUUCGGCGCAGGCGAAGAUGGAGCCUGUCAAGUCGGAGAAGCUGGAGGUGGCUGGAGUGGCACCAGUUCCACCAGCUCGACAGUCAUCGCCUUCACCAGCAGCCGUGCGCAUGGCCGCACAAGCCAUGGCAGUUGUGAAACCUGAAGCAACACCUGUCUUGGCCGUGGCCGUGCCCGUGCCGUCAUCAGAGUCUACGCACCUCACGCCCUUCCCAGCCGUCUCGAUGAUCAAUCACUGUGGCAUUUCUUUGAAUGGCGUUCCAUCUGUCCCCACCGGAUCGUGGCAACCAUUGCGCGUGACGCGCAGUUGGAGUGGCGCCAUUGAGCCGGACCUUUCCAACCUGGCCAGCUAUCGUCCUGUGGCAUCCGUUCAGUUGACACCUGUGGCGCAGCCUGUGGCACAGGUGGUGACGUCAGCACCAGUGGUUCUGGCACGACGGCAGAUUUCUGUGGGGCAUUUGCCACAGACCCAGCUCACCGGAGAGGUCGAG